AUGGGGAUCCUUGGCUUUCCCUUUCGUGCCCUGUUUCAGAGCGGCUAUGAGGCACGCCGGCGUGGUGUCUCUCUGUCCCAGGAGAGAUCGGGUUUCCUUGUUUCGCGGCUGCUCCUUGGAUUCUUGCUUCACGAAUUCUGGUCGCAAUCUCCCGGAUUCGUGUCAGCAGCUGAGCCUCGGGGACAGCACGCGGUCCUUCUCCGUCAGCCUUUCUACGCCGAGCAGGCAGAGCAUGUGCGGUUCCCCAUGCGAGUAGGCGAUUUGACAGAAGACAACAUUGAGGCCCUCGAGACGAUAAGCCAGCAAAUAGCUCGGGAGGUUCACGCGCAACAACUCCGGAGAAAGCGCGAAAGAGGGAAAAAGAUACGCCCUUCUUCCUCCUCGCAGCAAAACACGCCAAAGCCGGCAGCUGCAACAGAACCCGGCAAGCCGAAAGCUGGGAACAAGCGACAUCCAGACGUCAAGCACGAAAAAGGGAUAAAUGAGAAAAACCGAAAUGUAGACCAGGAAGCAACAGGUGAAACGGAAGAAAAUCGGGAAAAGGGAGAAACCGGAGAAAAGGAAGGAAACGUACCAAAGGAAGAAACAGAAGAAAGCGGAAAAAAUCUGGACAAUGAGGAAACAGAAGAAAAGGAAGAAAUCCAAUACAGUGAAGAAACAGAAGGGAAAGGAGAGACUGUAGGGGGGCCAGUCACACAAGAUGAGGCAGGAAACUCGGAGAGAAGAAACGAAGUCCGACACGAAGAUGAAAAUAAACCAAGUCCAAGCAGUGGCGGCACAGGCGAAACAGGUGCCAGUGGAGAAACGCCUUUACAGGAAAGCGAAGAGGAACUGGAAUCUUCGAGCACCUCCCCAGAGGGCGACGUGUCCUCUCUGGGAGGACGGCUGAUCAUCGGCCUGACUGAAAUUACUUUUCCAAUGGAGACAAACCAGUCCCGCAGCGAGACGUCACGGGCAGAAGCAACUGACAACAAAUACGGAACGGCAGUGAGAGACUCUGGACAUGACGAGGCACAGAUAUCCGGUUUUUCACACACACCGGCCUCGUCCCACUCACGAAGCGAGACAGACAACAAACGUGGAGCAGAAACUGCAUACGUCGAAGAAGCAAUUUCCCGGAACAAUGUCCUCGGGCACGCUGACGCGGUUCGCGAAGCGAAGGCGCGGCUCCAGAGCGACCGAUUGGCUGAGCUGGGCAUUAUGAAGGAAAUGAAGGUGCUCGAAAACGUGGGUUUGGUUGUUCUAGAGUUAAACGAUGAUUUGUCAGAAGACUCCAUCCGAGAAACCAUCAAGACGCUGUGGCAGCGAAAUCCCUCGACGUGGCUGAUUGAAUCUGACACCGAAGUGACCUUCCGAGGGAGAGAGGCGUUUGCAGCAGGAGACCUCGUCGUCGUGCCCGAUGUCGAUGGAGAGAGGGGAGCGUUGGAAGAUAAGUCUAACGAGGAUAUCCCGUCCAGGGGAGAUAAAAGUGCAGAGGAAAACCCAGAGAAUGAGACAAAGGCAGACCCAGAAACGCAUUCAGGUGUACACGAAGAAGUUGGUCAGGGCGCGGCGCCAGACGACCAGCGCAGGAAGAGAAAGAUUGCGGAAGCGGAGUCCGACGCGUCUUCUUCUUUUGCACGAAAAGUAACGGAAGAAGGAAAGAGAAGGGUAGACGAACAAGAGGCAACAAACACUCGUCGGAGAGGGGAUCAAGAGAGGAGUCGCACGUUGCCAUCCUUCGGUGAAGGCGAGAAGAAAGAGGCGCGUUCUGAAUCGAACCGAGACGGGGAGCGAAAGCGGUCCCAAGUUUUAGUUUCCAUCUCUGCAAAGGAAGCAAAAACGGGCACAGAACAUGGCCACUCCUCAGACGAACCGUCGGACCCAACUCCCUCACAACACCGGAAACAAGCAGAUUUCUCCUCUGCGUCGCACGCGCCAACGAAAGGCGAACGUGACCACGUGGCGGCCAGCGCGCACAGAGAGGCCGACUCCGGAGGCAUUCACAUAUCCGGCGUGGUAGAAGAUUUUGAAGGAACGAAUGAGGCCCGUGAUAUGCCAAAGGCUCACCCUGCCGGGAUGCUGAAGCCCUCGACAGGGAUUAUCCCCCUGAGCCUCUACGAGGCUGUAGACUCGGCCGUUCGUGAGUCGCUCUUGGACAAUUUUUCCUCAGCGAGCCCGCUCUUUCGCUCUGAGGUUUUGUGUCCUUCUCACCCUGUACCCUCUCCGGACAGCUGCCCCCAGCGAUCUGCCCAAGGCAGUCGCUCUGUCGACCCCUCUCCAAGACUUCCUCAGCUCGCGUCCUCGCAACCGGAAUCGCCUUCCCCUUCUCGGGCGCCGCUGUUGAAGGGGCGAAAUUCGAUUCCGCUCCUGUCGGGCCCCGUUCGGCAUUUGGGGAAGAUGCCUAACGACAGUUUGUUCUCAAGACAGUGGGCGUACCACGAACCGAGAGUGAACGUGCGCGCUGUCGAAGCCUGGAAUACUGUAUACACUCACCGGCUGUCUCGCGCGGCGAACGCCAAUGCCGACGGCGAACAAGUUGCCUUUGGGAGGAGACUUGCCGAACACGAGGCGCCGCACAGAGAGAUCGCAGACGAAGAGAAACAGAGACGCUACGUCCGACGGGAGAAGAUUGCCAAAGAAUCAGAAGUAGAGACUCCAAGCGGAAAUCGAAAAGGCGCCAAAAAAGAGCCGAUCAUUGUUGCUGUCAUCGAUACAGGUGUCGACUACAACCACGAAGAUCUGAGGACGCAAAUGUGGCGCAACGAAAAGGAAAUUCCCAACAAUGGAAUUGACGACGAUGGAAAUGGAUACGUCGACGAUGUUCGUGGAUACGACUUUGAGGGAAAAACAAAUGAUCCGAUGGACUUGAACGGCCACGGUACCCACGUCGCGGGGAUCAUCGCCGCCGCCGCCAACAAUCGACGAGGCAUCGCAGGCGUGAACUGGGAGGUGAAAGUGAUGCCUCUGAAAUUCAUCUCGCGGAGCAGUGCAGCUGCUGAGGCGAUCGACUACUCGCUUCGGAUGGGCGCAAAAAUCAGCACAAACAGUUGGGGCUACACCACGCCGUCGGAAGGUCUCCGUCUCGCCAUCGAGCGAACGGCCAAAAGGGGCCAGCUUUUUGUCGCCGCUGUCGACAAUGCUGGCAAGGACAAUUCUGUAGAAAACGAUUUCCCCCCCAACUGGGGCUAUGACACACGAACAGGUGCGGGGUUAAAAAGCCUGUUAAGAGUCGCAAAUUUGUCCCCGGGAGGAAUCGUCGCCUCGUCGUCCAACUGGAGUCCGUACACCGUCGACGUCGCUGCACCAGGGACAGAUAUCAUCAGCACCAUUCCAACUGGACGCUUCCCGGAGGGUUACGGAUACAAAACCGGAACUUCCAUGGCCACGCCGUUGGUGGCAGGAGUUGCUAACGCUUACGCAGCAGUUCUCGACGCGUUGGGUGACCCUCUUCCAGCUUCGGCGCUGCAACCGGACGCGUCGCAGCCGCCCUCGCCAGCUCAAGCGGUUUUGGCGUUUCUCGGAGGCAACCACGGAUCGGGCUCGCUUCCGUCUUCCGACUCAUCUCCUGCGUCUGGGACAUCCGCUUCUUCCUCAGCUUCUCUCCCUCUGUCGCCGCUUGGGGGCGAGGGAGGCUCUUACGCGCUGCCAGGUCUCGACACGUUGGUGGCGAGCAUGGCUCAGCUUCUCAAUCCAUUCAGUCGCUUGCUUACCUUGUCCUGA